GUACAAGAGGUGGGGAGAAAAUGUCCAAGAAUUAUAAAAAGGUGUUAGGAUGGGUUGACAACUUUAGUUUAGGAAAGGUCAGUGCCUAUUUACUUGUCAUCAAAGUUCUUAUUUUUUUUUUUUACAAUAACGCGAUGUCUGAAGAUUUUAGUGUCGAUUUAGAUGCUUUUUUGCAAGAGGAGAAAUUCUCCUCAAGUGAAAUAGAGGAGUUUUUAAAUGAUUUGGAAUUUAAAAAUUUUAUUUCUAAAUUGGAGGAAGUGGAAGCCAGGAAUUCCGAAGACAGUGAAGGUGUAGAAGAGGAGGCAGUUUCUGUAUCAAUAAAAAGGAAAAAUGAGGAAAAAGAUUCGAUAGAAAAAAGAAGAAAAAGUGACAGUGUGGUGGAGAAGUCAAUGUCAACGGUAGAGAGGAAACAAAAUGAAUAUAUUGAACUUGAUGGUGUAAAGGAGGAGUUACCCACCCAUUUAAGGUCUAUAAAUAAAAGAACUGAACUAGUGGCCGAGUACAACUGUCAGGGGCCAAAAGGUGUUCUGUGUUAGAGGAGCUUAUUAUUCAAUAAAGAAUAAUCGGCUGGUAAAUAUUCCUUCAAAGUCAAUCUUUGAAUUAGGGGGAAAAAGAUUUGAGAGGAUGUAUCCCGAAUUUUUAUAUGAUGACGUCACCUAUAUUUUGCCUUACGAGUGGCACGGCUAUCCACAAUUUUUAAAAUUAGAAUUAGUGAGAGAGAUGAGGAGCGCUCAUCACGGUUUACGAUGGUUUAUGGG